CACACCACAGAACCAUUCAUCUGACUAGAAUCUUGUUGAACCUGACAGAAAAAGCAACGACGUGGCGAGGUGAACACAAUAGCACCUGCUGUAUACGUAAUUCACUAAGGCACUAUUUCGCCUUAGCUUCUACAAUUCUGGGAUAUGGCCGAUUUUGGCCACACAACAAGAUCACUUUCACCAGUCGACUACAAUCACAGCGACUCGCGAACCACGUCGCUCUUUUUCCCUGGAAAUCUCAAGGAAGAACAUCCUGACAGCAAAAAUAUUAAAAACGGAUCGUGUGAAGACUGUUUAGACGAUUCACCGAAAUCUAAAGUAAUUUCAACACAGGGAAAUACUGCCUUGGAGCAGACUAAACUAAACUUUACGAGAGACCCAGAGAACUCCAUGUUUCACGAUUUUACGACGUCGACCACGUUUUGGUCACCAACGAGCGUGGAAGAUGUUUUUGUACAGCCCGCAAUUCCUCAGCCGGUCAACGGCAUUCAUUUGCCUUCAAACUCUCCAGUAAUAACACAGCCAAGAAGAAUAAGCGGACCGACUAAUAUUACAACGACAAUGAGCCAUCAGCCUCGAAGACCGAUUCAUCACAGCUCUACACCGUUUAUAACACAAAGCAAAUCUAUGCCAACUAUAACAAGUUUAGGAGGAUGGAAUCAACAAACUCCUCAAUCUAUUUCAGGCUGGCCGUCACAGCAACACAACCACAAUUCAUGGGGAAGUCGCCAUUCAAACCAUACAAUGAACGCCAUAAAUUUCCCUAAUGGUCGAAGCUCCCGGCCAUCUUCGUUAACGCUGCCGAAUUCUUCUCGGAUAAGAAAUAACCGGCCACACCAUCCUUUCGCUCAAGUCUCAAGGUCGGCGAUAUCUACACAAAGCAUAACGCAAGGAUUACAAAGCCUAAGUUUGAGCAGACAGCCUGUGGACGGGACAAUUUUAGACGAUAUUCCAAGCCUUGGAAACUCACAUGGCCAAAGCAGUGAACUCUCUAACUCGCUUUACUCUUACCAGGUAAAAAUGAAUAUUUCAUAAAACAACCAAAGAUACGCUUUACUUGAAAACUAUUUUUCAAGAAACGGUGGCACAAAAGAACAGCUAUAACAAUUUCCCAUUUCUUUAAAAAAACCUCAGUUUUUGAAGUGUAUUUUAUCUCUUUGUGCCAAAUUGGCCAGAAUUGUCCAAGAAAUAUCUAGAGACUCUUUUUUCCUGUCUCCUUUUUUCUUUUUCUGCGAAAUAAAUUAUAUUUUCUGCCUUGAAAACGUUCAGGACCGAGGUAACUUAAAACGAUGAAGAGAGUGAAAAUAUGGAUUCGUCAUAAGUAAUGUUUCUCCCCGUCCUUUCACAGAUACCAUACAUAAAUUAAUGACGGAAAAAUGGGCCACAAUGUACAGCUGCUUCUAAAUUGAGGCUUAAUAAAACUGGAAAUUUGGGGAAAAUAUUUAUAUCGUAUACUUCUAUCGCUAACACAUGUUGUCUGUUUCCUUUAACAUUCAGGAUUCAAUGAAAUUCCCGUCGCUGGAGACACGUCUGCUCGAUAUAAUUCGUUCCCCGUCGGAUCCGCCUGAUAAUUUAAGCGGUUAGUAUGAUCUUUUCUUACAAAAUGAAACGCACAAACGCACUGCCUUUCUGUAGUACUGACAUGGCACUGGCUGGCAAAGUAACUUGACCAUUGUGAGAUCGCUGGUACUUUACCACGCCAAAACAAGUAAAUUUUGUUUUUCAGAACCUUCGACUGCUUUAUGCAAAUAUAAACCACUUUUUAAAGAUCCUUUCUCUUUGGACAGUUUCUAGGGGAAAUUUUACAAUUUGAAAGUUAUGCAUUUUUUCCCUUCUUGAAUUUCCUAUCUUGGUAAGAAAAGAUGCACUGAAUCUGAGAUCUCCUCGUCGUUUCUUGCUUCCGUAUUAGGUGUUUGAAAAUGUAAUACUUAGCUAGUAAGCUUAUGGCAAAAAAGUUGCAUUCAUUCAGGUUGUUAUACCAAUCACCUGUAUUGUCGGCCGUAGCCUUUAAAUUUUUAAUAAGCUUGCCAAAAUGGCUAGAAGCAAGAAUAUUUUACUCGAUUUCAACAGAGUUUUCGAUCGUAUCACUUUUCGACUUUAAGAUCUACGUACCCAUUUGGGGAAAAUGUGGACUACACCUUACAGGAAAUGAAAGCCUCGCUAACUGGCGAUCAUCGUAAUACCCGAAGGAGGAGGUUUUACUAUUUGUUUGGGUUAAAUAGAAAACCACAAAAAUUACGGGGUGAUGCAUCGUUUCGUUAAGCCUUACAAUAAACGAGGUCAAUUUUAUAAGUUAUCAGUAAACGUACAAAUCUGUUACUCUUCUUUCUAAGUGUGCCUUCGAAACAACACAUUCGGCCCUUCUUUUGUUGUAUUUUUUUCUUGAGUUUUUGGAGCGCCAUGAAGGCAGUAAUUAUAAAGUGCUGGGGUUUUGUAAAUGCUGAAAAAUUCAAGAGAGUAAUCCAAGAAAUUUUUUUACUCUCUUAAAGUCGCUUUUCUUGUGAUUUAGAUCAAAACGUUUAUAACCUGUAUGGUUUACACUCCUACAUAUUGCUUCUGACGUAAAGAAUGAAAAACCUAUUUGCCAAGCGUGAUUUUAAAUAUACCGGAUUUAGGUCGAUAUCUUGGUGUAGGGAAUUUAAUUCUUUUUCUUUUUCUGUUCUUCUAGUUUAGCCUCAUAAAAAAUUACAACAAAAAUCGCAAUUUGCAGGUUAUGAUCGCAUCGCAGCGAAUAUAUUAUCGAUGAAGAAUCACUGAAAACAAAGAGCCGCCCCUGCGAUACUCUAAUCUAUAGGAUUGAGUAUUCAGACAAAAAAUUUAAAAAUCGUUCUAGCCUUUCUAUGCUAGAAGAAAAUAUUAAAUGCUUCCUUUCCUCUCUGAAUCGUUGUCAAAAACCUAACAUUUUAUGGUUUUUGGAGAUUUUCACUAUAUUCAUACUCUUUGAAUUCACUUCAUUGAUCUUUUCGCUCAGUCAUGACACGAAAAAGCUCGGGUUUUUUUUAUCAAAAAUUAGAACCUUAUCGUGUGUUAUAAACAAUUCUUCUAUUCCUAAGCCAAUACAUAGACAGUAGAAAUGGAGAGUCAAGUUUUAAAUAAAGAGAAAAUUUUUUAUCAUUUUUAUCACAAAAAUAGAGUAUAAUAGAAUAACACUCUGAACAGAAGCAAUAGUUACCACGGAUAGUUAAGUGGCCAUUGGAGAAAUGCAACCACUUGAUGAGAGUUUCUUCCCUUGUUUUAUUUUCUACAUUCACUCCUUACGUUUGAAGCCAAACUACUGCCUUUUUAAACCAAGCAUAGCACAAAAACCGUAAUUUUUGAUUGAUUUUCAUUCAGUCUAGCCUACUUGCGGUGGUCUUAAUACUAUAUAUCCUGCCUUAACAAACAGCUGGAACGGAUGAAAAAAAAUAGAAAAUGUGAAAAGAAACCACUUGGUUAUGUCGGCAAAUGCGACAAAAAACCUUCAGUGAGUUUGUUUCAACAGGAGAAAAUAGCAAUAUGCUUUCUUAAAGUGUGGAAACCUAAAAAAAGGUCAAUAAAACAAGAUUUUACAACGCCAACGCAAAAGCGCUAGCGAAGAAAGAGCGAACACUGAUUAAUAUCUAGUGAUCUAUUUUUCCUUCCAUUUUCGCCAUUUAGUUCAAAGUCAACGGAUGAAAAUCAUAUAUAAAACAAAAUUGAGUUUCAGCAAAUUUGGUGAACUGCAAGAUUUUAUAGGUUUAUAAGAAAGAGACGAUUUUUUUAAAUGUACAAACAAGAUAGCAUACAGAUUGAUAUGCGAGAAGCUGUUAGGUAUUACCAGGGGGCUAUACUCGUUUUCUUUUUUAUUUUUUUUUUCUUCCAAGCAACGAUUUUGGAGUGAAAAAACUCAGGAGUCACCCUGAGGAAUUCUAAACUUUCAUUAACAACAAGCAAAACUUCGAUAGAAUCUAAACUACUGGAAUUGGAUGGGUCAGCUGUCCUAAGAUGAACGAAUACAAAAAUUUAGUAUUCAGAGUGACAAGCUGUUCGUUUGGUUCGUUCCCUGAGAGCAGGCGAUGUUUGUAUAACUUAGGGCCUUGUUUUGGAUAUUGUUUCAGUUAUUUCCAAGUGAAAGGUACAUUUAAUGCCAGUGCAUGGGAGAAAAUCGUUGCGUUUGUCUACUACGAAAAUUACGCUGCUAAGUAAAAACACUGUUCGAAUGAAGAAAGAGUUUCAUGCCCUUUUUGAGUAAAAUUUUUGCUACGAUUCAUUUUAAGCGGCACUCUAAUGAGACAAGUGCCCAUGAAGAUAGACACUGUCUUCGUAUUUUGCUGUAUUUUAGUUUUUGUUGAGCCACUGCCAUGAGAUCUUCUCUGGGGAUAAAAAGCUUUUCCGAUACCGCAGAAAACAACAGCUGCAGCCAUGAAUAUUCCAAAUAAACAUGUCAACAUUGAUGUUUAUUUGGAAUUGAGUUAAAAACUCGCCGCUCUGGUUGGUCAAAAAGGAAAUUGACCAAGAGGAUGAGACCUUAGCAAAGUGAAAAUAUUAGCAUUUCUUGGCCGUCAGUCAAACUGAUUCAGAAUUAAGCUGAAUAUCUUGAGGCAUUGUUUUGAGGAAAAAUACAUCUAAUGCCGUUUAGAAAACCGAGUUUUUAACUCCUGCUGAUAUGUGUUUUUCCAAAUAUUUUCCUACAAGUGUUUGACGAUUUUCUUUUUCUGGAUCCAACGAAAUUUUGCUGUUGAUUUGUGUUACAAAAACUAAAAAGUGUACAAGUGUUUUUCGAUUCGGUCAGUACAAUAAAGGCUCUCCAAUGUAAAUUCAUCUCAAUAAUUAAGUUGGAUUGCAACCGCGUCGACAAAACAGUAAAUUGCAAAUGUGCGAAAUUUUCCUUAAAAAUUCAAAAGGAAUAUGACAGUUUAGAAAGCCUUGCAUUAGCUACAAUCUACCUCUUCAGAUUCUCUUUAAAAAAUUUUGAUAGGCCUUAAAAUCACCUUCUAAAAGCGUCCAUUUAGAACUGACCCAAGCCGUGAAAAUUCAUUUUUGUUUCCCCAGUCAGGGUGGAAUUAAAAUAGGUUACCUAAUUUUUUCCCAGACAGUGUUUUUCAAAGUAAUCAACGAUGCAUUGUUUGAAAAAAGCAUUUCUUUUUAUUCCAUCUGGGUAUAGCUAAACGAUUUCAAAGCAAAUCGCCUCGAGAAAAGGGACUCAAUGAAAUUGGCGAUAGCCAAUAUUCACACCUUCUAAGUACAAAAGGAAGGAGCCCGUUUAUGUCGUAGGCAAACUUGCUUUCAGAAAAAAAAACGGUUGAGCGUAAAAAGAUACUAAUUUUUGAACUUUUAAGGUCAAAACAACCACCCUAAGUCACAAUAUUUAUAUUUUGCAAAGUACAGGAAAUAUUUCUUUGUUGCGGAUAAUACAGGAAAAGAGAAAUCCAAAUAUAAGUAAUCGUCGUCUAGGAAAUUUAUCGUCUCGGGGCUUUCAGGCAAGAAAGGGGCCAAUAAUUCGUCAUGUAGAUAACACUACAUUUUUUUCUGUUUUAGCCCUGACAUAAAAGGUUUGCUCAUCCAAUCCCUACUACUUGAGGAGUAAACAAAAAAUAUUGCAUUCAAAAUUAUUUCUUGUCAGGAAAUUCAGUGAGCUGAUUUCUAAAAAGCUCACUUCAUUCAAUAAUUUGACGCUUUCAUAUCCUUUUCUCCAUUGCUGAUAAGUAUAAGACUAGUCUGCAUCAAUUAAUGUGGUUUUGUAGCAACAAUGAUCGUUUUAGUCACCGUAAAAAUUAAAAAGUUAAAGGCUGUACACUCUGAAUAACACUGUUACAGCUUAUUGGACAGUGAGUCCGACAGCACGUUUUCAUGAUUUAUGAGCCGGAGGUAUAGGUCGUACUUAGCAUUUUGUCUGCUAAGGUGAUCAAAUGAAUGUUAAUUUACCGGACAUUAAAAGAAAAUCUGCCCUAUUACACAGAACAGGCGAUGAAAGUUACAGCUGACGUUCACUUUACAUGCAAAGUGAAACCGAAAUUAAGUGCUCUCGAUAAAAAUUUCUUUAAAAUACAAUCGCUGAAAACUGUCAGAGAUCGUAAAGACAAACUUUUGGGAGUAGUGUGAAACUAACUUUGCACUCUUCGCGAGUAAUCAUAAAAUUUCGCAGUUUUUUGACAUAUUUAUUUGAUCUUCCAGGAAGAAAAAAUGAUUGUUACUUCGAUAGAAGUAAUUUGAUAGCAUAUUUCUUAGUGAAUUUUAAAAUAAAAUUUUGCUUAAAGUUAAAUAGCUUGUAUCGUUUUCACUUCUUAGUGCACACACACCGAAAAAAAAGGUAAACAUCGAAUGGCGCUUUUAGCUACUAUUUUCCCCAGUUAAGUAUAAAAAAUGAUUCUUUUUUCUUAGAACUUGACCAGUGAAAUGGCAGUUAAAAGCGUCGAAAGCACGAAAAUAUUGUCUUGGAGGUAAUCUUUCGCAACACUUCUUUAAGUUUAAACAUUUCCGCCAAAUUCGUCUACAGUCUAUCUACUACAUUGUUCACCAACCGCUUUGCAAUAUUAUUUGCACUUUUAAAUUUUAAUGCCAGCAAUUUUCAAUGCAGACAAUUUUUUACCAUGCUGUGAAAUGUCGUCCAUUAAGGAGCAGUAAUACCUGUAAUAAGGAAAUCAAAAGAUCCUCAGUGCUCAAAAGGUAAUAUUUUUUCAGGAAGGAAAGCUUUGUGGUGGGUAAAAAUCGCCUAAAAUGACGGAAUUUUCACGCCGCUAUUAGUGACAAUGGGUUGAAACGUCUUCCCAGCUAUUACGAUCAAAAAGGCUCAAAACAACAGACGAACAAGUAAGAAAUACAAGCAGGAAGACAUAACAUCCUAUUAUGUUUUGGGUUUACUUCCAGAAAAGUAAGUCUGAAAUAUUUUUGAAGAAAUUUGAAGAAUCACUGAUUCUUCAAAUCUUUUAAAAAAGUCAAGUAAACAAAAAAACAGAAAUACAAAAUGUAGAUAACAUGAGUGCACAAUACAAGCCAUAUUUUAUAUCAUACCAUGAAAAUAGACGCGGUGCAGUAAUAACAAUCUGUUAUCGUGAACUAUGCAUUGUAACGAAGGCUUUAUCGAAGAUUAAGUUUGGUCUCAUUUUUCCACUAAAGAAUUGAAUGAGGGCGUCAAUAUCAUCGGCUUCACAGUCCUUUAGUCACCUAAACCCCGCUAAACCUAUGCAGCAAGUUGCCAUGAAGGAAAAAUUCAAAGCUAUUAAUAAUGAGAAGUCGCCUUAGGCAGGAAAUUCUCCAGACAGACGAAUAUUGACAGCUGCGUAUGGUCUUGUGUGUCUCUUCGCCUCCUUUGUAUCUUCAGGGUUUUGGUAGAAUCCAUGUUUAGGUCUGGAGUUCCUUUGCUUGCCAUGCACGGCUUACAAACUAGAAAGUCAUAAAACAAAAAUUUUGCCAAAGUUCGAUUUGUGCUUGUUUCUCGCGAGAUCACAGUAACGUUUAUGUAAACAAAGGUCCUUGAGAUCGGCCUGAGUUUAUACUGAGAUUCGGAAUGCUUGAACUACAGUAAUAUUGUUAAGCAGGAUCCAGCGCUUUCAGGGUAUACGACAAAAGCUUUAUUUUAAAGAUGUGACGGCCACAAUAUACAGAUUUCACUCAAUAUUUUUCGCCAUUAGCAUAUUAACAAGCUUUUCUAAAACUUCAUGGAGAAAGAGGACAUUUCCUUCUAUUCAUUUCCUGGUUCUCGCAAUAAACUGCAUUUUUUCCAACAAUGACGUGCAACACGUGACCAUUCGAUCAGCCAAUGGCAUACACUUGCAUAGGCGUAACUAUAUUUUGCUUUACGUCUCGUAAGAAACAUCAAAUUAAAAAAACAAGGAACAAAUCGAGACAUUUCACAUUCCUUGAAUUCGCUCGAAAAAGUUUCCUCAGCUUGAACCAGAAAUCAGUAGAAGAAUUGCAAUCAAAUAUCAAGUAGCUAAUGCCGACAAUUACCUCUCGGUUUUAAAAGUCACCCGGUCACAGUAAGCUCAGAAAAAUAUACUGGAUUACGUAAUGAAAGGAAAUUCUAAUAAUGUGGCAUUUCUUAUGCAACAUUUUGAUCUCAGAAAGCAAUUCUUUUCCUUGGCAAAGAUACCAAUAUUCUGUCACAGACAUGCAGGACAAAUACAGAGAAUCGACAAAUUUUGACAAGUAAUCUAUCUGUCUGUGGGAAGUCAGGGAUAAUAACGUUCUUUUUUGAUUUCUAAUUUCAGCUUUCAAAUAUCAUCUACAGAAGAAAGGACUCUCCCACGCAGGCGGUAAAUAAACGUCAUAUUUCAUUUUUUAACAGCAAACAGAUUGGGAUACAAUACUUCAGCAUUCAGCAAUUCAUUAGGGCGCGUGAAAAUUGAAAGCCCACGCAGGGGGAAAAAACAAAAACAACAUAGUAAUAUUAUGAAUAGUUGCUGCACUAGGAUUAAUUCAGGAAGUAAGCAGUAAGAUAAUUGAUGGGAAAAACAUGACUAAAAUCGAUAUAACAACUUAGAAAGCAGGUUGCUGUAUUCUCGUACGUCGAUCCAAUCAGACCAACGAUUGGUUCAAUCGGCUUCCAAAUAAGGAGAUAAUAAAUUAAGACAUCUAUCAUUGUUAAACGAAGUUUCCACUUUUUUGACGUAGACAAAAUCGAAUGAAAGCUAUUGAUGGAAAAAAUCAUAAAGAAAAUCUUUCCUGUUUGUAAUUGGAUCGAUCGUUUUGAGCACUCUUUGGAAGUCUUAUAAGAUGAAACAAAAGCGUAAGUCUUUUCGUGAAAAGAUGAUGCGUAUUAAGGAACUAUCGCCCAUCGGCCAGUACACCUCAAGAAAAUUUUGCAUCUUCUUUCCCCAGCAAUAUGGUUUCUCUAUAUCAAGUGUUCUUUUGACAGUGACAGUUUUUUUUGGCCACGAAAUGUUAAAUUUAAAUAAUUUAUAGAAAAAAAAAAAGAAAAAUAGCAAAACAAAGCAAUCUUUAUACGUGGCAUUAUUAUUUACCCGUUUCCUAGGUUUUUAGCGAAAUUUUAUAGAUUUGGACAACAAAUAUGGAAAGGGAAAUUAAAAUAUUCUUAGAUUCCUGCUGGUCUAAAAAAUACCACUCAAAUCGUUGUAAAUUACUACAGCCGGUAAACAGUGAUCGAGAAAAUUAAUUUCAUGCUAAUGACUACUUUAUGAGAAAAUAAAGCUUCAUCUGCGCGCACGAAAGAAAACUUUGGCUAAAUAAGUGAUUCGCAUUUUUAAUGUGAUAAGAAAAAACACCGAGACAGAAAGUUAAUUUUUGUCUUAAAUUGCAAAAAUCGGCGUCGUUCCCUCUUGACUCGCUUUCAUUACCAAAGAAUCAACAUGACACCUUUUCGGAUGGCAGGAACGCCCCUUUACUAAUAGCUGGAGAAAUGAAGUAUUGAUCAGCCUCAUUAUACCUAAAACCAUUCGUUUCUUUCAGAAAUGAUUUUCAUUCAUGAAUUACUUAAAUAUAAACUUGCCAUGAAAUUUUUUUAAAAUUUGAGACUUCAAACGAAGGGUAAUGAUGAAAAAAACUCGUGUUUACUAUUUCAGUUGCUAAAUUCUUGCUCAUUCCCUAUCAUUCUUUAUGUUUUUUCUUUCGCCAAUUAUUUUCUGGUAGUGGCCUUUUGAUCUAUACCAACUGUUACCACCAGCCUGGUAUUACGAGUUUCUUGGCUGGUACGGCCAGCCGAGAUAUUAUUACUAAGUUACGGUAGUCUAGCUUUGGACUUCUCGUUUUUUGUUCUUGUUUUUUCAUCAUCUCAAGCAUACUAUAUUUCUGCCCUCUACAGAUCAAAUUGUCCCAUCAAUAUGGUCGUUGAACUGCUCCCCUACGUCGGAGCUUCCAGAUCACGUGGAACGAUAUUCAAGGAAAGUUUUUGUUGGGGGACUGCCUCCAGACAUCGAUGAAGGUUAGUUAAACAACUGGAUCUUGACUUCUGAAAUUCAGCAAGGCAAGACCAGCGUACAAAUGUUAGGGGUAGGGGAACAUGUUUAUAGUAGAGUAAAAACUAGUUGGAGUGUUUUUCUAAAGAUUUCGGUCAUUACUCACUUAGAGGAAAGAAUCUCUAAGUGUAUAAUAACAAAAACAACAGAAAACUUUUAUUUUCAAUUAGAUAAAAUCCUUAACGUAUUGGCUACUUGCCACGGAAGGGGCAUUAAAAAUUUACAAUAAAAAUUUUACAAUAAAGUUGUGAGUUGACAAUAUUACCAAACGGAAGUUUUUCUGUGGACUUGCGCUCAAGUACAUGAAAGAAUCUUCACUGUUUUCCAUUGCAAGUCUUUUUAUCUAGAGGAUGUCGACCCAAAUGAUUGCAGCUUUUACUAAUCUAAUCGGUCAUAACCAGUGGCGGAUCCAUGAGAGGCCCUCCCCCCCUUAUUUUUAGACCAAACUGGGGCUCGAGGGGCCGAAAUAAAAGUUUUUGAGACCUGGCCCCUUAUCUCAGGGUCUGGAUGACCCCCCCCCCCCGCCCUCCUUAUCUCAAGGUCUCGAUCCGCCCUCUGAUAACAUAAUUAACAACCAACAACUGUCAUCCAAUUUAAGUAACUAAACAAAACUGUUUUUUGGCAGAUGAAAUCCACGCCAGCUUUUGUCGUUUUGGAAGUUUAACCGUGGACUGGCCACACAAAGCUGAAAGCAAAUCCUACUUUCCACCAAAAGGUACAAAUAAUUUAUACAAUGUGCAUCUAAUAAUUCUACAUAGAGCGGUCUACAUAUACCUUACCUCUUCCAGCUUUUAACGCCAAAAAGAGUAUGCCACCCCUUUACGUUUACACGGUAAAGUUCGAUCAGAUUAACUCACUUAAAGCGGCCGUCUGCUUAGGAGACUCUUGAUGUGAAUGCGGUAACUCUGGUCUAUUUCUCAACUUGAGAAUCACAUCACGCAUUUCACUGGAUCAUUUUCAAAUUUGGUUUUUCUCUUUCUGGAUAUUUAAACAGAACACACUGUUUGAAAAAAAAAACAGACAAAAUUCUCAAACUUUAAUUGUAUGAAGGACACCAACCUAAUUUAGGCAUUUUUGGAUCGAAUGACAUCUCGACGACAUUUAAUAGUAAGCCUACUAAAAUACCCGAAGAACAAUGCAUUCAAACCCAGUCCUCCCUUAAGUUGAACAUGUUCUCCUUAACUUCUAACAUCCGAUUUCUUGCCUAUAGGUUAUGCAUUCUUGCUCUAUCUAGAGGAACAAUCGGUACAAAAGCUCAUUGACGCCUGUUUUCAACAAGAUGACAAGCUCUACUUAUGUGUAUCCAGCCCCACAAUCAAAGACAAACCAGUAAGUUUCUGUCCUUUGUUAUACUGGGGACGACGAAAGGACAGCAGUUUCGUCAAAGGAGGUUAAAAGACAUCUCAAUGAUACGUGUUUCAGGAGCGGUUCCUGGUGUUUGAAGUGGUCUUUUCGUUGUUUUAAUAAUAAUGACUUUAUUUCUAUAGCGCUCUUAUCCUAUGUUCAAGGCGUUUUUGAGUUGCAAUGACUGUUCAGCAAAAAGUUAGCUUAUGAUUUUAUUUCAUAUAUCCAAACCUAGUAGACCUGGGCCAACAAGGUGCUAGCCUAAGAAAACAUGCGACAUUUCGUGACGCUAUCGAUCCUACUACUGGCUUCCCCGCGAAACGACAGUUGAGGAACGAGUGCAGAAAUUCCAUACUGAUGACGUAUUACUACCGAAAUCCGAGAAGUGCUUUUGAUUAGUUGAAGCAAGUUUCCACCGGGGCUCGACCAAUUAGAAGUGCUAUCCAGAUCUGGGUAUAGUGACACGCUACCAGUAUGGAUUUUCUACUCUCGUCCCUCAGACGUCAUCUCGCGGGGAAAGCAGUGGUAGCGUCUCGAAAUGUCGCUGUUUUUUCAGGCUAACAAGAUGCACUGUCUGGUCAGACAGUCACCGAAAAAAACUCCAUGAAUCUCAUAGUUCUAUUUCGUGUUUCAGGUUCAGAUAAGACCAUGGAACCUGAAUGACUCCGACUUUGUUAUGGAUGGCUCGCAUCCUCUAGAUCCACGGAAGACAAUAUUUGUGGGUGGAGUUCCCCGUCCUCUGCGGGCGAUAGAACUAGCAAUGAUCAUGGAUAGACUGUAUGGUGGCGUGUGCUAUGCUGGAAUAGACGUAGAUCCUGAACUCAAGUAUCCUAAAGGUAAAUACUAACAUUUUCUUACAGGGAAUCGUGUAUAGAGCUUUUUAACUCACGUGGAUGACAAGGGAAUUUUUAUAUAAGAAAGACGUUUAGCUCCUGAAUGGUUUUCUUGGUACAGAAGUAUAGCCGCCGUUUCGACGUUUUGGAACACCAACGGGGCCGCCAACACGUCAUGUGAAAAUGGUUUAUUAAGUGGUAAUCGUUAGGGGAAUUGACCGUGGACACAGGUUUCAUCAGCUAACCGUAAAUCAAAUGCGUAGUAUCUUUGAUGCUAAUGUUUCAAAAGUAUCUUACGGAGGUAAUCAAUAAUUUUAUGAACCUUUUUGCAUUGAAGGUGCUGGUCGAGUUGCCUUCUCCAACCAACAAAGUUACAUCGCUGCAAUUAGUGCCAGAUUUGUGCAGCUUCAACACGGAGACAUCGACAAAAGAGUGAGUUGUGUAAUACUGCUUUGUUUCGUGAUCUAUGUGAGCUUGACAUGACGACUUGGUUGAUAAUUAUGAAGCUGAUGACGAUAUGAUAAUUUUAAAAAUAUGAUUAUGGUAACAGUGAUGAUGAUGGUAAUGACGAUGGUGAUGAGGAUAAUGAGGAUGACGACGACGGCGACAAUGAUAGUGAUGAGUAUGACGAUGAUAAUGUGAUUAAGAAAUACGAUUAUAGCGUUAGUGUGCUGUUAAUGACGAUGGUGAAGAUGAUGUUGAUGAAUAUGAUCGUGACAGAAUAAUAAUAUUAAUGAUCUUGACGAGGGCGAUGAUGACGACGAUGAUGAUAACACUGAUAAUGAUCUAAUGACGACAAUGAACGUAAACGAUGAUGAUGACGAUGACGAUGACGAUGACGAUGAUGAUGAUGACGAUGGCGAUGACGAUGGCGACGACGACGAUGAUGGUGAUGAUGAUGACGAUGAAGAUGACGACAGAGACGGAGGCGACGCGAUGAUGAUGAUGAUGGCGACAACGACGGAAUGAUAACGAUGAUGUUGUUGAUAAUGAUGAUAAUGAUGAUGAUGAUGAUGAUGAUGAUGGUGGUGGUGGUGGUGGUGGUGGUGGUGGUGAUGAUGAUGAUGAUGAUGAUGAUGAUGAUGAUGAUGAUGAUGGUUAUAUAGCAUUUGAUGUGUCUUUUUAGGUUGAAGUAAAACCGUAUGUGUUAGACGAUCAGCUGUGUGAUGAGUGUCACGGCGCACGAUGCGCGGGUAAAUUUGCGCCCUUCUUCUGCGCUAAUGUGACGUGCCUGCAAUAUUACUGUGAGCAGUGCUGGGCAAUCAUUCACUCCCGAGCAGGACGUGAAUUUCACAAGCCUCUGGUGAAAGAAGGCGCUGACCGGCCAAGAACUGUUCCAUUUCGAUGGUAGAUAAACCAGAUCAAUGGCUGCCAUGUCGGCUAAGUCCACCAAAGCUGAGUUGGUUUACAUUGUUUAGUUGACCACAUGGUCCUUAGCUUUUGCUUUUUCUUAGUUCCUCAGGUAGCAGUUAAAAUGACCUCAUGCCAAGCAUGUUAGUUGACCACCCAGUCAAAAGAGCUCUUAUUUUCAGUUGUUUCCUAGCUCACGUACCGAGCUUCCGUUAAAUUCGAUCUGCCCUGUAAUUUUGAUUUCCCCUUGCAUGAUUUGGUAGAUUGGAAGCGAAAGCAUCACAGUAAACAGCCGAUCAAUCGAAAUCGAGAGUUCAGGGCAAACCUAUCUUUACGAAUUAAUAUCAAUGUAUUGUUAUUGACAUUACUUUUAUCAUUAUCAAUAUUUCAUUAUUAUUAUUAAGGGUUUCUCUAAGAAAUUAACGGUAUAGCAAGAAUCCUGGAAUCAUAUUGCGCGAGUGCAACCAAAGCUGAAAGAUAAUAUCCAUAGGUUUAAUAGGGACUCUCGGGGUGCUAAAUGCAGAUAAUUCUGUCUACACUUAAAAAGUUUUAAUAAUGUGGAGCUUUAGACUGUAAAUGGGGAUUUUUAAAGCGUUUCAGCUGGUAACAGAGAUUUAAUUUUCCAUUCCAUCAUUAGUAUUAUCAGGCACUAUAGAAAUGUUAAUUUUUUUAGCAGACCGGCUGAUUAAAAAAAGAUAGAACAAGUAGAGUUAUUUAUCGAGGAAUUUUGACUACUGGAGAUUUAAUAUUUAAGGAAUUAGAGAAAUGCUGUUUAUAUUAUUACUAAAAUUGUACAUACCGGCUGGCCAGAAAAAGGCAAAUUUCAGCUAAGAACAUAAGUUAUAAAUUAAAGCAAGGAAUAUUCAUAAGGAGGGUACGAAAAGAUUUUCUCUGGAGUUUUAUUUUGUCGAGUGUAUCAAUGUUUACAAGUGCAUGGACUGAUAUUGUUGUGGCAGAAUUUGAAGAUUAACCGGCGGUGAUGAAAUGUUGAAAUCCAAAAUAUAGCCAACAACAAGCCAGAAAGACAGCAAAUCCAAUAAAAAUCCAUGUUUUGAUCGGAUAAUGAAAAGAAUUAAGGAAAUAAGUUCUUAAAGAAGAAAAUAUAUCGGAACAUGUCAAGCUUUAUAAUAAAAAAAUCCCGUUUCACAUGGCACAUUUUUUGUUCAAGUUGUUUCAAACAACGUGAAAUGAGACCUAAAAUGAAUGAUGGCUGGUUUUUCAAACUAUUUCGUCGUUGUUGACAAGCGAGUGCCACGCGGUGAGCUGCGAGAAAAAGUGAAACAAGGUAUCUACUUUGAAUCAUAAGGAUGAAAUUAACCAUAAACUUUUAUCUUUUGUUCAAGAGGUUAGAACUUUUUAUAGAUUUUGUAUUUACUGCAGAUAAUAUAUUACAUGAGUUUAAUUUUGGAAAUAUUUAGUUUUAGUAAGAUGAAUAUAUCUGUUUGUGGAAUAUCAGCAAAUUUGUGCAAUUUGCGAAUUUCUUGUUUGCGUGGCAGAUAAUCUUCUCAGAAAAUUCAAAAUGCAAUUUUAACUUUCAGAUAAUGGUUUAUUUUUCUAUUUUUUUCCAUAGGUUAUUCUAGUGUUCUAUGCACGAUAUUCUAGCAACCUCGUUCCCAGGACUGUUUGUCCAAGAGAAAAAAAAGAAUCCCUUAAUUUUGGAGGUCAGCGCAACCUACAGAUUAGUUAGUUAUCUGCUCCAGAGCAGAUUAGUGACUAAUUUGUAGGUUGCCCGUUCAAUGCAUGAUUUCCAAGAGCAACGUCAAACAAGUUUGUGCGACGGUGCAUUUGUAGUUAUUUUCUUCAAAGCAAUGUAUAAUAAAACAGUUUUUGGAUGAGAUUUUUGUGAUAUUUGAAAUAAUCGAGGACUCCGCAAGAGUUACCGGCCGAGGCUGAUAACAUUUACCUCGACCUUGAUUAUUCCGAGUAUCACAAAAAUCUCGUCUAAAAAUUGUUGCCUGAGGAGUCUGAACGUCAAGUUCUAAUUUCCAAGACUAUUUCUAGAUUAUCCGAUUCUUUGGAAAUAAACAUAUAACGGAACUCUUUUCCUGGUCAUUCACACCAUUUUGUUGUGUGUAUACCAAAACGUAGUUUCUGGAAAUGAAUUGUAAUACUGGGAAAUUAGUAUCAAUAUAGCCUGUCACAAGAAGAGAAUAAGAAUUUUGCUUACUAAUAUUGGGAUAAAACUUUAUUUUUGGAAGCCAGAAUGUUUUGACACGUUUCAAUUCAUACUUUUCACAAUGAUUUGAUAUCAUUUUUGAGAGUUCUUUUCACUUUUUGUAAUUGCAGUACAAAUGUCAUAUUGUUCUUUGUAACUAUCUUCCUGAAAGAACUAUCUGCCACAUAAACGAAAAAAUUCCAAGUCGUAACAUGUAAUUUAACGCAGGUUACAAAUUAUUUCCACCCGUGCAAAUGUACGGUAAUAUUUUUUUCACUUUAUUUAUGCAUUUUAAAGAAGUAUUCAUGAGUAUAAUUCAUGGAGUUAAAAAGGCAAACGAUUUAACACAGCUUUUGCCUCUUGCGUUAUAAUUUGAGGCAGCACCCCCUUCCCAUCCCCCGCCCCGCCCCGUUCAGAAAAACUUCUUUCUAAAAUAUAAUGCUGAUAUGAUUGUAAAAUAGUUGAAAUUUUCUUGAAAGGGAAAAAAAUCUCGAUCCUUUCCAUAAAUUACAAAUGAUUUCAGAAUCAAUUGUAUGUGAUGGAUAAAAACGUAAUUUUUAAAGCUGAACUUAAAAUGGUAAGGUCGUCUUUAUUGCAGAAUUUGACAGGUUAUAAAAGUAAUAACACGGGAAAAAGUCACCCGCAAUUUAUGCUUUUCUUGUUACUUCUUCAUAACGGUAACUUCACAGCUUAUUUUUAAUUUCAAUAUAAUUGUACUCCACAAGCGAGCUGAGUAUUGAGAGAUGGUUACCAAACCAGCACUCUUUGUAAAUGCCACUUUAUUUGAACCCCGGAAAACGCCGCAUGUAAUUGUUACAAGCAAAAGACUAAAUUAUAUCUUUGUAAUAAAACAGACCAAUGUCCUUUCAAAGAAAAGCCUUGGUAGGGUGAAUGGAUUAUUUUUUGCCUUCAACAUAGCAUUAUUUUUCUUGUACCUUAAUAUUAAUUCAAUCAUUCUAGAUUUGCGUUUAAUAUUCAGUCAUGUCGAUACGUGGUCACUGAUAUCUUCGAUAACUCAAAAAUAGGGUUUCGUGAUAUAGUAGGCUAGAACCAAAAAAUAUUCUGUUAUAAAAGAUACGAACAAAAGGACACCUGAAAACUAACUUACUUAGAUAGAUUCUAGAAAAAUAGUUUUCAUCUUAGUUAUUAUAAGUUACUUGUAAACAAAAAUUUGCAUGAUUUUCAAAGCUGCAUAUAUGUAAAUGGUAUUUUAUAAUUAAGACGACUGGUUAACAUAAGCUAACUGAAAAAACUACUAUCUAGGUAAAACAUUUCUCGACUUAGCAUUUGCUUUCAUGUUAUAUUUCUUGGUUUCGUUCAUCAUCUGCAGGGUGCCAAGCUAACCUCGAAAACACACAUCUAUGCCUGUUCAAACGCCUUGUACAGAGGGCUUAAAAGAACAUGUUAGUGCUGACUACCUCACAUGCACACAAAUGCGCUAUGUUGCUUCGUCGAGGGUCACCAAAAUUUGUUGUUUAGGAGGGGUAAACGGCCGAGUAACAAGCAUGAAUGUGUGUUUGACACCAUGACACGAAAAGCGUGGGUAAAUAUUUCGUGUCUAGAACCUCUCUGUAGCUUGAGAGUUUAAAAACACACUUAAAGUACAAGUUAAAAAUAUGGGCCAGUUAUUUAAACGGGGUUUAUAAUAACCAGUGUUUAACAAAACCGCGUUCAUUGCUAAGCCUUUUUAAGUUUGCCCAACUCUUUUAUCUUGACACCAUUUACUGUGAACAGCUUCAUGAAAGCAUAAAGAGUAGACUGGAAAAGCACUUAUUUUCUUAGAAUACCCGUACCUGGAGGUCCAGCGAUUUGCUAAACCGCGGACUAAGUUAGACUUCGUUUUAAUAACCGACCCAUAUAGGUAUUCACAGAGGUCUUGUCACGGAAUAACCUUAAACCAAGGAAAUCUCAGUUACUUGAAUAUAGUUUGUGUAGUGAUUAGGUUUGAUAAUAUUUUAAAGAAACUAAACUUUUAAAACAUAACUUAAUUUUCGAUAAACUCGAUAAAAUAGCACUUUAUAAUGUUCCUGAAUCAAAGUGAUGUUCACAAACUAAACCCAUGGUUCAGAAAAAGAAUUCCUUAUUUUCGUAUUAUUUUUUCCUUCCGUAAACUGGUUUAUGUUAAUCGAGUUGCUUUUAAAAGCGACAAAAGGAAAAAACAAAAAGACAGAAAUUUUAAGAUCAGGGUUUAAUCACAAGAUGUGGGAAGACAAGUCAGUGGAAGAGAAUUAUAAAGGAUUUUUGUUCACUUUUUUUACAACUAUUUUUCUUAGUUUCAGAAAAGACCGUUUCAUUGAUUUUGUUUUUAGAUUUUGCAUAUUUUAAUAACCUUUGGACGUAACCAUUUUAUGUACCACGAAAAACCCACAACUGUAUCACAAAAUCCAUUUCCAGAUAUUGACCACGAAGCGCAAUUUUAAAGACCAUAUUAUGAUGCAUGCUGGUUUUGUAACUGAUGUAUUUUCAAAACAUAUUUUGACCUCUGCAUUGUAGAUCUUACAGGAUUAAUAAUUAUUUUAAGAUCUCUUUAAUUUUGUAUUCAAACAUUUGUAGCAUGUAUUAAAGACCUCUUGUGUGCCAGGUAUCUGUAAAUGCAAUAAUUCUGCUACUGUGGCAUAAAGUAAUUUUUUAUAAUUGAAUAUUUUGGUUAUAUAUGGUUAAUAGUGGAAUAGUAAAUAUGAUCUUGAUAAUUAUUAUUCGUAGCUUGAGGCCUCUUUUGGCCCUCAAUACCUACUUUUUUAGUAUUUAGGGCAUUUAUGUGUUGCAGUUAUCGCAAUACCUUUUGCUUAAUCAUAAAGUUCAAAUAAAAUACUUCUUGUUUGUGUUUAAACUGGUGUUAAAUUUCUCUGGAC